UCACUUAUACAACAGGCAAAAUCCACAGUUAGCUACAAGUCAUAUCGAAGUAAGUUUUCAGAGGUUGGUGAUAAUAUCAAAUUUGAGGGGUUGAAGAAAGCGCGAACAAGAACAUGACGGUAGAUCAUCCACUACGAAACCGAAAAUCAAAUGUUCUGGCCAACACUCGUGACGCACAAGCAGAUUCGAUAGCUGUUGGUACACAAAUCAACGGCAAAUCUGUUGGCGCUAUGCUGAAUGUUAUUUACAAAUAUUCAAGAGUUUACGUUCUUAAAGGGACGGUAUUGUCCAUUAUUUCGAUUUCUUUGCUUGCCGUCCAGAGACUUUCAGACAUUACUCCAUCUUUUUUUCUUGGAGUUUUGCAGGCGGUUAUCGGUGGCUGUUUGGCCAAUUUGUAUGUUGUGGGCCUCAAUCAACUCUCGGAUAUUGAGAUCGACAAGGUUAACAAGCCAUACUUACCAUUGGCAUCAGGCGAACUUUCGGUUAAAGCAGGCAUCCGAAUAACCUCUUUGUAUGCAAUUUUGGGUUUCUGCCUUGGAUGGAGUAUUAGAUCCUGGCAUCUGAAGUUGUGUAUCUUUUUAUGGUAUGCUGUUGGAACUGCGUAUUCCGUGCAUUUACCGUUGCUACGAUGGAAAGAGUAUCCUAUGCUUGUGGCCUUGUGUAGUUGGUUAUUUCAAGGGGUGACCCUUCCUAUGCUGUUCCACCUCCAUGCCCUGACAAACAUACCUGGAAUGCCACUCUCACUUUCAAAGCAUGCCAUAUUUGUAUUUGGAAUCAUGGGUAUCCAUUGCACAGUGUUGGUAAUAUUUAAGGACAUUCCUGAUGUAGAAGGAGAUAAGAGAAAUGGAUUUUACUCCUUUGCGACAAAAUUCGGGCCACAACGGGUGUUUUGGAUUUGUAUUUGGCUUCUUGAGCUGAUAUAUGGUAUAGCUAUAUUUAUAGGAUUGUCAUCAACCCAUUUGUGGAUCCGGCCAACAAUGGUAAUAGCUCAUAGCAUACUUGGCUUUGUUGUUUGGAGGAAGGCAAACUUGGUAGAUCUCAAAAGUAUUGAGGCCACUGAAUCAUUCUACUUGUUUAUUUGGAAGUUGUACUACUUGGAGUAUUUGUUGGUGCCCAUUUUAAGAUUCUAAGCAUGAAGAAGCUACAAUUGAUACGAGCCCUUCAUUUUUCUAUUUAUCUUUCAAAUUUGGUAUUCUGUUUUUCGGUGUUUCAUAUAUAAUAUUGUAUUAAUUAAUAACUAGUGUGUUUUGUGUUAAGAUGUGUGUUCUGGUGGAUAUGAUA